AUGGCUCCCAAAACUCCAGUUGGAAAGAAAGGUGAAAAGAAAGCAGGCAAAAAGGCCAAUGUUGAUAGCAAGAAGAAGAGGAGGGGAAAGAGAAAGGAAAGUUAUGCUAUCUACAUCUACAAGGUGUUGAAACAGGUUCACCCUGACACUGGAAUCUCCAGCAAAGCCAUGGGCAUCAUGAACUCGUUCGUCAACGACAUCUUCGAGCGUAUCGCCACCGAAGCUUCCCGCCUUGCCCACUACAACAAGAAAUCAACCAUCAGCUCCCGCGAGAUCCAGACCGCCAUCAGGCUGCUUCUGCCCGGUGAACUGGCAAAACACGCUGUCAGUGAAGGAACCAAGGCUGUGACCAAGUACACCAGCAGCAAGUAAAUUCACUGAGUGAGUUUACCGCCAAAACCAAAGGCUCCUUUAGGAGCCACCAACUGUUAUAAAAGCCAAUGAUCAUUUCUUAUUUCCAAAGUGUCUGUCCAACAGUCCAUUUUCACAAGCCGGUGCUGCAUUACGUUGAUGGAUACUGAGUUUAAAAUCGCGUUUUGGUUGACCGCAAUAAUUCCAAUUGGCUUUGCGCGCAAAUUGAACUAAGUUUUCCCGACAAUUCACUACAAAAGCUUAAACACGAUAUUCAAAAUACAAUGCGGCAGGUUUCCAAAAGGAAUUUCAAAGGCACUUCUGAGCCAAAUUUCUCUCUUUCUUUCAGUUUGGGUUUUGCGCGCGCAAAGUACGUAACUAGAUUAUGAGCCGCAUCGCUUCUUCUAUUAGGAGCGGGGUACGAAUACCACAAAACGGCACAGAAAUAUGUAUAAGCACCACACAAAAUAACAUAAGAAAACUGCAUUGAAAUUACCCGAAAAUUUCUGAAUACCGCAAGCCGCUUGUUUUGUAAAACCGCAAUACCGCAACUUAAAAUAAAAAUUCCCGCAAAACCGCAAACCCGUACGUCCCCUUCUAUUAGACCUAGGCAACGCAUGUACUUAAGUAAAAUGCUGAGCUUUUUUUAAAAAAAAAAGACUUUCAGCUUUUACUUCAAAUUCAAGCAACCUUUAGAAAAAUAGUUCCGAAGGCCGUCUAGGCCAUGGUUUAAGUAAAGCGUGACAAUGGCCGAAGAAAAUGGAGUUAGUGUAAUUUAUGCAAGCCAGAAUAAAUUGCCUGCUACGCGCCGCAUCGGUGCAAAGCGUGACGCUAAAAAAGGAAUGAAAAGCAAAUUGAAGGACGAACUGAAACAAAUUUCUUUUCACGAGAGCGCAAAGAGGAUCUUCAAGUAGCUGUGUUUUGUAAAUUGCCCCUGAAUGCCAUUCGCUGCAUUUGUGCUUGUUUGGCACGCUGAUGUGCUUUGGUGUAGGGCUCGCACUGUCACAGUCCAAUGAAAAAUAUGCUAAUUUCCUGACUCUUUUAGUUCUUUUGUUGAAAUGAGUCGCAAUGUCAGAAAAAAAAAAAAGAAAAGAAACCUUAAACCAGUGAUCACUGUAUCACUGUCUCUGCCUCAAGUCAAGAAAGAAAUGUUCCGGUAUGAACCAGAACCAAGAAUAGAUUUCAAAUAAUUUUCAUAGGAAGAGGCUGUAUCUAGAUUGAUUUCCGUAGCGGGUUAUCUAACAAAAAGCUAGCAGUAUUUAAGGGUGUCAACUACCCAUGGAACUCUUACAACCUAUUUGCUUACGUCCAAAGAAGUAAAGGAACACAUCCACAAUAUAAUAUUGGCGUUUCCUUUACUAGAAAACGAAAGCAAAUUUUGAAAUUCAGUCCGGUGGACUAAAGUAGCGGUGGAUAGCAAGCCACCAAUCAAAUUUUACCAAUAUAAAGUGAAAACAAUCAAGGCAAAGAAAGGCAACUUUCGUCCAAUCAAACGAGGGGGAUUUCGAUCCGCGCAUAAAUUAUCUAUAAGAUAAAUAGCGCUAUCGUCGACGCGAUAAUUCAUUACAUUGCAGCAGCAAUCUUAACAAUAUGGCUCCCAAAACUCCAGUUGGAAAGAAAGGUGAAAAGAAAGCAGGCAAAAAGGCCAGUGUUGAUAGCAAGAAGAAGAGGAGGGGAAAGAGAAAAGAAAGUUAUGCUAUCUACAUCUACAAGGUGUUGAAACAGGUUCACCCUGACACUGGAAUCUCCAGCAAAGCCAUGGGCAUCAUGAACUCGUUCGUCAACGACAUCUUCGAGCGUAUCGCCACCGAAGCUUCAAAAUCAACCAUCAGCUCCCGCGAGAUCCAGACCGCCAUCAGGCUGCUUCUGCCCGGUGAACUGGCAAAACACGCUGUCAGUGAAGGAACCAAGGCUGUGACCAAGUACACCAGCAGCAAGUAAAUUCACUGUGUGAGUUUACCGCCAAAACCAAAGGCUCCUUUAGGAGCCACCAACUGUUAUAAAAGCCAAUGAUCAUUUUAUAUUUCUUUAGUCUCUGUAAAACAGUCGAUUUUUUUCAACCCAGCACUGCAUCACAUUGACCGCCGGACAUUGAGAAUAAAAUCGCCUUUUUGAUGACCGCAGUAAUUCCAAUUGGCGUUGCGCGCAAAUUGAACUAACUGUUCCUACAACUUUUUUUCUUUUCCAUUUACUGCACUUAAGAAGCUUGAAGAUAAUAGUCGAGAUUUGAUGCGGCAGGUUUCCGAAAAGAAUUUCUAAGGCACUUCUGGGUCAAAUGUCUUUCAUUCCCUCAGUCCGGAUUUUGAGCGCGCAAAGUACGCAACUGGAUUAUGUGCGGUGGCAUAUCUUCCAUUAGAUCUGACCAGAUCGAAACAACGGACACAACAGUGUAUGUAUGUUCAAUGUUGCCAGAACAGUAAAUGCUUAGCUUUCCGAAAACUUUUUAGUUGUGACUUUAAAUUCAAGUAACCUACAGAAAAAAAGGAUCGAAGGCCGUUUAGCCCAGGAUUUAGACAAAGCGUGAAAGAGUAAUUUAUGCAAGCCAGCAUUGCAAGUGCUGCAGAGUGCUUAGCCGAGCUUGACGUAAAAGGCAAACUGAACCAGGAACUGGAACAUAUUUUUCUGACGAGUGGGCAAAAAUGACAUUCAAGAAUCUGCAAUAUUUUUUAUAGUUGCCCUUGGAUGCCUUUUGCUACAUUUAUCCUCUUGGCCCGCUGACAAAAUGGGUGCAAGGUUCGCACAAGCCAUAGUUCAAGAAAAAAUUAUGCUAAUGAUGCUUCAGUACUUUUGUUGAAAUGGGUCGCAAAGGCAAAAAAGUUAUCGUUAAGCAAACGGACGCAACAUUGUUGGAUGUUACAUGUUGCGUCCGUUUGCACACCCUGUUGCAUGUUGUUGGAUGUUGUUGCGCGUUGUUGCGCAAAGUUUGAAACCGGUCAAAUUUUUCAGCCAACAACUCCCAAUAUUUUUUUUAUUCCGUGAUCGCCGAAGCGUAGCGCAACAAUGUUGGAUCCGUUUGCACAGUUCUUCCAAUAUUCUUGGGGCCACGCACGCUCAUUACGCAUGGUUUACAAAAACUUAUGGGUUGUAUCCUAUCCACGAUGCACUGCAGGUCCCACACCACUGCCAACACGGAGGCAACAACUCCCAACAUUGUUGGCGCAACAAUGUUGGGAGUUGUUGCGUCCGUUUGCACGCAGCCUUAAACCAGUAAGCGCUGUGCCAAAGAGACAACGGUCUUACGUCAAGAAAGAAAUUAAACAGGAUAAAGACAUAAGAGCAACAUGA